AUGCUGUCUCCCCCACGCCUCGCUGAUAUCCCCGCCCACCUCCUCCAUGCCGAGCUGCUUCGACGACAAGACGCCGCCGAUGGCCGUCCUGCCUGCGGCCACAAGGGCAACAAGGGCACCUACAACACCACCUUGCACGUCCUCGCCCUCGCCCUCAUCCUCGCCCUGAGCACUGCUGCCUGCUCCUUCCCCAUUGUCGUCAAGCGCUUCCCCUCGAUCCCCGUCCCCCAUCAGUUCCUCUUCAUCUCGCGGCACUUUGGCACCGGCGUCCUCAUAGCCACCGCCUUCGUCCACCUCCUGCCCACCGCCUUCGAGUCGCUCACCGAUCCAUGUCUUCCCCACUUCUGGAACAAGCGCUAUCCAGCCAUGCCCGGCCUCGUCGCCAUGACGGCCGUCUUCGUCGUCGUCGCCAUUGAGAUGUUCUUUGCCUCGCGCGGCGCCGGACACGUGCACGGCACAGGCUACGAGAACCUGGGCCUCGACACCGACCCCGACCAUGCGCCCCCAGCCCGCAAGAGGAGCCAUAGCUACGGCAUGUACGCCAACGGUACGGCGCGCACAAACGGCCAUGCACCGGGCAUCAUGCUCCACGACGUCGAGUCGUCGGCCAACUUGAUGGCUGGCCGAUCACCCUCCAUCUCGGUCGUAUCCCCCAUGACGCCAAGCAUGCCCACUGAAGCGCGCGGCCGCAAAUCCAUGGGCGACGACAUGGGCCGCGACGAUGACGAUGACGACGACAAUGACUCUGAUCUGGACAUUACCAUGGAGGAGUUGGCUCGCCAGCAGGCGGAAGAUUCGGAAGACGAGUCACAGCUGCUGCCAGGUCCUCAGGUGCCCAAGCAGCACAGCCACGCUCGCGGCGAGUCUCCCGAAACCCCGGAGAAGACAGAGGCUCAGAACAAGAAGCUGCUCCUGCAAUGCCUGCUGCUCGAGGCUGGCAUCCUCUUCCACUCCGUCUUCAUAGGCAUGGCGCUUUCCGUGGCCACGGGCACGGCCUUUGUUGUGCUAUUGGUCGCCAUCUCGUUCCACCAGACAUUUGAAGGCUUUGCCCUCGGCGCAAGAAUCAGCGCCGUUCACUUCCCACCUGGAUCGCUCAAGCCUUGGCUCAUGGCAUUGGCCUACGGCACCACGACGCCCAUUGGCCAGGCCAUAGGACUGGCCAUCCACAGGCUGUACGACCCCGCAAGUGAGGCUGGCUUACUGACGGUUGGCUUCAUGAACGCCAUCUCCAGUGGCUUACUUCUAUUUGCUGGUCUGGUCGAGCUCCUCGCCGAAGACUUCCUGAGCGACGAGAGCUACGUCAUUCUGCGUGGCAAGCGCCGACUACAGGCGUGCAUCAGUGUUAUCGGCGGCGCCUUGCUAAUGGCUCUUGUUGGCGCAUGGGCAUAG